GCAGAAAGGUGGGAGGAGAAGGCUCACACGGCAGACAGCGCGUGCGUGACGUCGGCGGUCCGGGUCAGAUACCUGGUGGAGUACAGCACCACGUUCGACGAGACGUGGGACCAUGUCGAUAUUGUGGUGUGGUCGUUCAUCGAGCAGUCGACGGCGAUGCUGUGUGCGAGCCUGCCCAGCCUGCGUCUGCUGCUCGUCAGCGUCUGGCCCCGACGUCGGUCUACGGCGUCGGAGAGCUUCUUCAGCAAGGACAGUCCGAAAAGGUGGACCCGGUCUGUUGACAGACUGAGGCGACACAAGACGCAGAUACGCAGAGACAGCGGCCCCGGACCGCAGCAUACGGGCGACGGCGUGCUUGUGACGACCACGGUCGAGGUCGAUCGGCAGUCCUACGUGGCUCUCGACGUGCCGCCCUUCCCACCGCCUGCCUAUUCUGGACGUGGCAACAACACAUAA